AUGUCGAAGACGCUCCACCUCGCGACGCCGGACAUGACGCGCGACGGCGCCGCGGAGGUGUUACAGAAGCACAAGAUCCACCACGCGGUCGUGCAGAACAUCGAAGGGAAAUUCGCCGGGGUGUUCAGCUCGUGGGACAUCGCGCGAGAGUGCGCGCUCGACGCGAAGGUGCGACCGCCGUCCCGUCCCGUCCCGCGCGACCCGCGCGCGCGUCUGUCUCACGUGUUCCCUUCUAUUCCGCGUUGUGUUCCGUGA